UUCUAAUGGUAACAACUCAUCAUAUGUAUUAAUGGUUACUUGUUAUUUUGCUUUUAUGUUUAAUCUCCAUUAUCUAUUUACUUUUAGAAAUGUUUAGCCGACAUUAAACAUGGUAACUUCCAGUAUUUGUUUAUUAAUUAUCACAUGUUAUCACGACGUUCUCCUUGUUUUUUCUCUCGUUGUCAACCGAGUGUUAAUUCAGCCAAAUCAGUUUUUGUCAGCCUUUAUUUCUGACAUCUAGGGAAAUUUUCUAGUUCAUCGAGUUCUCGUGUGUGUACAUAGAUAUAUAGGUUCAUCUUGUGUUCAUGCUUAAUUAUUGUAUUUUAACAAGAUAUAAUUAAAUCAAAAUGCGGUGGAAAUAUUAAAUAUAUUUACACCCAACCGUUGAUUGUACCUUCUCGUGUAAUUUCUAAUUAGACGUGUUAAUCAUAUAAAUCAAGUGAAAAUUAUUUUAAGAUUUGCUUAUCUUUUAGCAAUCACAUAUUUUAAAUCGUACUGCAUAGUUACUGUCAUACUCGUAAACUAUAUCAUAAAAUCCAUCAUAGAUUUUUCAAGUAUUAGUUUCAAAUUGUUCUAAUGUCGCAACUCUUCUGUCUUUUUCCUUUGCCUUUCAACAUCGACACACUACUGUCAAAGAAGCACUGUUUAUGCAAAUCGAACUAAUCGGCUCAGCAAACUUGUAUUUAUAUCGUCGAGCCCUAUAUUUCUGUUUAUGGUCAGAAUGUUACAUGUCAAUUGUUGCGCUUGACAGUAUUGACGAGUCUUCAGACACAGUGGCCGGAAGCGCUCAUGAUAGGAAAAUAUAACUGCUGUUUUAUUCUGAGAUUUAUGGUGACAUUGAGAUGGUAAUUGCUGAUUCAAGAUUUAUCAAGGACUUUGUCAGACUUUGAAAAUAGAAGACAGACGUUAUCAAAAAACUCAACUAUUCUUUAUGACCUUGAUUAGGUUUCUGUGAAGUUUAUAUUAUGGUUAUAAAGAGAUAAUAUAGACAUGAUAACAUAAUAUCUAUCUUGGUUUAUGUGUAAUUUCUUUUGUGUCUGGGCGUUUAUUGAAAACUGGGGUCAGUUUACUUACUGGUUUUUAAUUCCAAAAUUGAAGAAGAAAAAAACACAGAAACAGUCCUAAUAAAAUAUCUUGAAACUUUAUGAUUGAGACAUCAUCAGUCUUUAUCAGAUAUCACUUUUUAGUUCAAAAGAAAAUACAUUGCAACUUCAAUUUAUUAAGUGGAUUCAAGCACUUCAGUAUUCUCCAUGGAGGUAUUUGACAAUUACAGAAUAUUUUAGAAUAUUUGUAUAGUAAUUAUGGAGAAUAAACUGUGUGAGAGUCAGGCUUGUGAUCAGACACAGUCUGAAUCUAGUGACAUAUCUUAUCAGACAUAUGAAGAUACAGAGAAGAUAUCAGAUUACUUUGACAAUGAUAUGAAAACAUUCACACAAUCUGAUACCUUAUUUAAGCAAAAAUUGCUUCAUAAAAGCUCAAAGCUUAAAUAUUUAAAAAUUUAUAGUAAAACAAUUGCUAAAACCAGUUCUUUAUCUUUGCAUAAAAAUGUUCAGAAGGAUAAGAAAGUUUAUCAAUGCAUAAUCUGUGACAAAGCCUUUUCUGACAGCGGUAAUUUAACUAAGCAUAAACGUAUUCAUACAGGUGAAAAACCAUAUCACUGUGAUAUUUGUGGGAGAGCAUUCUCUCAGCAAGCUCAUUUGACUACACACAAAUAUUCUCACUCGGGUGAGAAACCAUAUCGCUGUGAUAUCUGUGGUAAAAAAUAUUCUCAAAGUCAUAAAUUAACUAUUCAUAAACGAACUCACACAGGAGAAAAACCAUAUCAGUGUGGUAUUUGUGCUAAAACAUUUUCUGGAAGUUCUUAUUUGAAUAGACACAUAUCCAUUCACACAAGUGAAAAGCCGUACAGCUGUGAUGUCUGUGGAAAAGCAUUUUCUCAAAGAGGUAACAUGACUCAUCACAAACGUAUUCACACAAGUGAGAAACCAUAUGACUGUGAUAUCUGUGGAAAAACUUUCUCUGCUUGUCAAACUUUAACUAUUCACAAACAGGUUCAUACAGGAGAUAAACCAUUUUACUGUGAUAUUUGUGAGAAAACCUUCUUUGACAGAACUGGAUUGACUAGACAUAUACGCACACACACAGGUGAGAAACCAUAUCACUGUGAUAUUUGUGAUAAAACAUUCUCUCAGAAUGCUCAUUUAACUCAACAUUUACGCAUUCAUACAGGCGAGAAACCAUACCACUGUGAUAUCUGUGGUAAAACAUUUUCUCAAAGCAGUCAUUUGACACUUCAUGUACGUGGUCACACAGGUGAGAGACCAUACAAUUGUGAUAUUUGUGGUAAAACAUAUGUUGAUAAGCAGAGUUUAACACGUCACAGACCUGUUCACACAGGCAACACAUCCAGCGCCAUGUCUGUGAAGAAGCAUUUUCUAAAAAUGGUACUAUGAUCCCAAAGGAAGUCAAUUGGUAAAACAAUAGAAUUAUUUAAAAAGAAAUUGUAUAUAUGAUUACUUUGUAAUGGAAUUUCUGUGUGACAGUUUAUGUAAUGUUAUAAACAUUAUGCAAAAUAUUUGAAAACCAUGUUUAUAUACUAUUGUUUUGUUAAUUGAAUUAUUAAAGAAUAUUUUGUAAUAUU